AUGGCCGGCAACGAUGUGGAAAUGACCCACAAUGAGAUGUGGGAUGACUCCGCGCUCAUAGAGUCAUGGAACGAGGCUCUAGACGAGUACAAGAAGUAUCACAGCAUCCACGCAAAGGGAGGCAAGCUCAAAGACCUUGAUCUUCAGGAGAAGACGGAGGACAAGCCCCAGACCAUCGACGACACGCAAACGCAGGUGGUCGAUCAGCCAGAGAUCACGGAUAAUGGCGCAGAGGGAGCCGACAAAACAAAGGGGGUGAUGGUGGGCGACAGCAGCACGGAUGUCCGGGUCCAGGCAGAUUCAACAGGCGUGCCUAUCGCAGCAAAGGCUAAUGACCCCCAAGGGCCUGCGAUAAUGGGCCCGCAGAGUCUUCUCGGAUCAGUGCAAGAUGAAGGCUUGAAGAGACUUUUGAUGUCGUGGUACUAUGCCGGUUACUAUACGGGAUUGUAUGAAGGACAGCAGCAGCAACAGCAACAGCAACAGUAG